UGGUUCCGGAGGAGGCGGGGCACCAGGCCUCAGCCACUCUCCCAGAGCCCUCCAGCCGCCUCAGCAGCGGAAGUUCCGGUGUCGGUAAGUGGAGGUCAGAGGUCAGCAGGAAGUCGAUACGUGGCCGCCGCCUGUCCCCGCCGAGGAGGCGCAGCAGCCGGAGAUGGCGGCGGUGCUGAACGCAGAGCGACUCGAGGUGUCCGUCGACGGCCUCACACUCAGCCCGGACCCGGAGGAGCGGCCCGGCGCUGAGGGCGCCCCACUGCUGCCGCCACCGCUGCCACCGCCCUCGCCACCCGGAUCCGGUCGGGUCCCGGGCGCCUCCGGGGAGCAGCCUGAGCCCGGGGAGGCGGCGGCUAGGGGCGCGGCGGAGGAGGCGAGGCGGCUGGAGCAGCGCUGGGGCUUCGGCCUGGAGGAGCUGUACGGCUUGGCACUGCGCUUCUUCAAAGAAAAAGAUGGCAAAGCAUUUCAUCCAACUUAUGAAGAAAAGCUGAAGCUUGUGGCACUGCAUAAGCAGGUUCUUAUGGGCCCGUAUAAUCCAGACACUUGUCCUGAGGUUGGAUUCUUUGAUGUAUUAGGGAAUGACAGGAGGAGAGAAUGGGCAGCCCUGGGAAACAUGUCUAAAGAGGAUGCCAUGGUAGAGUUUGUCAAGCUCUUAAAUAGAUGUUGCCAUCUCUUUUCAACAUAUGUUGCAUCCCACAAAAUAGAGAAGGAGGAGCAAGAAAAAAAAAGGAAGGAGGAGGAGGAGCGAAGGCGGCGUGAAGAGGAAGAAAGAGAACGUCUGCAAAAGGAGGAAGAGAAACGUAGGAGAGAAGAAGAGGAAAGGCUUCAACGGGAGGAAGAAGAAAGGAGACGGAUAGAAGAAGAGAGGCUUCGGUUGGAGCAGCAAAAGCAGCAGAUAAUGGCAGCUUUAAACUCCCAGACUGCCGUGCAGUUCCAGCAGUAUGCAGCCCAACAGUAUCCAGGGAACUACGAACAGCAGCAAAUUCUCAUCCGCCAGUUGCAGGAGCAGCACUAUCAGCAGUAUAUGCAGCAGUUGUAUCAAGUCCAGCUUGCACAGCAACAGGCAGCAUUACAGAAACAACAGGAAGUAGUAGUAGCUGGGUCUUCCUUGCCUACAUCAUCAAAAGUGAAUGUAACUAUACCAAGUGAUAUGAUAUCAGUUAAUGGACAGGCCAAAUCACACACUGACAGCUCUAAAAAAGAAGUGGAACCAGAAGCUGCAGAAGAAGCCGUAGAGAAUGGACCAAAAGAAUCUCUUCCAGUGAUAGCAGCUCCAUCCAUGUGGACACGACCUCAGAUCAAAGACUUUAAAGAGAAGAUUCAGCAGGAUGCAGAUUCCGUGAUUACAGUGGGCCGAGGGGAAGUGGUCACUGUUCGAGUACCCACCCAUGAAGAAGGAUCAUAUCUCUUUUGGGAAUUUGCUACAGACAAUUAUGACAUUGGGUUUGGGGUAUAUUUUGAAUGGACAGACUCUCCAAACACUGCUGUCAGUGUGCACGUCAGUGAAUCCAGCGAUGACGACGAGGAGGAAGAAGAAAACAUCAGUUGUGAAGAGAAAGUCAAAAAGAAUGCCAGCAAGCCUCUACUGGAUGAGAUCGUGCCUGUGUACCGACGGGACUGUCAUGAGGAAGUGUAUGCUGGCAGCCACCAAUAUCCAGGGAGAGGAGUCUAUCUCCUCAAGUUUGACAAUUCCUACUCUUUGUGGAGGUCAAAAUCAGUCUACUACAGAGUCUAUUAUACUAGAUAAAAAUGUUACAGAGUCUGGAGUCUAGGGUUGGGCAGAGGAUGGCAUUUAAUUUGGAAAUUUCCUUUGACUUUUGUGGAGCAUUAGAGUCAGGGUUUACCUUACUGAUUUUGGUCUGAUGGUUUGUGAACUCUUGCUGGGAAUCAAAAUUUCCUUGAGACUUCAGCAUUCAUACUUUGGGCCUAAAAGAGAUUUCUCAGACUCAUCCAGCCUUUGGGUGCUGACUAGCAGAGUCACUAGUGGAUGCUGAAGUUACAUGAGCUACAUGUUAAAUAUUUAAAGUCUCCAAAAUAAAACACCCCAACAUUGACCUUACCCGCCUGAUGGUUAGUCCUUUGCUGCCUGCUCCAUAUGUCUUAUGAGAGCCCGUAGUUACAGUGCCCUCUAAUUUGAAAUCCUUAAGUUAAUAAGUCUAUAUCAGGUACAGCUGGCUUUGAUUAAAGGUCAUUUUUAAAACUUAAAAACUCAAGACCUCACAGAUUAUAAUAGAAAAAGAAAUGGCCUCAGUUUGAUCUUGUUCAGAAUGACCCAGAUUGUUUUUACUUUGAGUAUAGCUGUUUUGUUCAGAGUUACAUUACAGAAAAUUAUUUUCUGAGAUAAUCUUAAACUAGAAUGUUCAAAACUAAUUGAUAAUUGAAGUAUCAGGAUACUGUACAUAGAACACCUCAGAGAUUUUUCUUCAGGAGCUUCCACAAACUUUGAAUCCUUGUAUCUUUAUUUGUUAUUCAUACUACUGGCAGCAAAAUACAGGUUUUCCGUUUCGUUUUGAUUUGGCUUCAUAGAGUAUCUCAAAUUGAAACUUUUUUGCACAAAUAAUACAAUUAGGGAUUUUGUAAAUUCAAAUUGGCACCUACUGAAUUAAAAUACAUAAGAUCAUUUAAAUAUAAUUCAGCAUAUGGGAAGUAACACUGCACUAAUAUGGAAAUCACUGCCAGAGUAAGUCUGUUUUCUUUUAAUUUGUUACUACUUAGACACAACCUUACUUAUUCCAGUUUGGAAUUACUUAUUAAGGAGAAUUGGAAAUACGUAUGCCCAUGCUUAAAUUUUAUAGCUUUAAUUUGUAUUAUUUCUUUAUUGGCAGGAAGAGGUACACCUUUGUUUUCCUUACUGAAAACAAACAUGGAUUAAUUGCCUCAAAUUUGUAUAAGUGAUUGGCUAGUCUAGAGAUUCUUGUUUUCAGAGGGAUAGUGGUAUAGAAAAUGACAAAGAUGGCAAUAUAUAUACUCAAUGUUGUUAUUACAUGUUGCUGAAGUACUUAGAUUUUUAAAAUUUUAAAUCAUGAAUCACUUCUUUUUGUUUUGUUUUGUUAUUUUUCUUUUGUUCAUAAAUCACUUCUUAUAGGAGGAUUUCCAUUGACUAGCUGCAAUAUAUUCAGUUCACUACAUAUGGGCUAUUUGAGUUUUUUGUGUGCUUUAUUUCUUUCUGUCUUAUAAUACCUGGUAUUGUACAUAUCUGACUCUGUUCUCUUUUGGUUGUUCAGAAACUGGAUUAUUUUUUCUUAAGCAAUGCUUAAUUUGUGUUUUUAAAUUUUGAUUCAGAAGUAGUCCCAGCUCAUAGGUGUCCAUGCUGUUACAUCUAGAACAUUUGUCAGGCUGUCAGCUCUCAUGUACAUAUGGUAUAGAAACCAUGGAGUUAGGCACUUCCUGGAUUUUUUUUUUAAUGAGAAAAAUACUGUAUUUAAAAUGUAAAAUAAACUUUUAAAAAGCAGGCACUAAUAUAUAUUUCUUCCAGCCUUUGAUUACAAAUUUGUUCAUGCACAUGUUAAGAUGAAUUAUCUCCUAAAAAUAUCAUUGUUCUUGGGAACUGUAUAUGUUACUUUACAUAGCAGCGGUUCCUGUCAUGUGUUCACGUCAGAAUAUUUUUGGUUUUAAACUUUUUUUAUUGCCUUUGGCUGUUGAUUAGAACAGUACAAGUGCGAUUUCAAAAAGAUCUUGAAAAUAAUAUAUUUAAUCAAUUAAAAUGUUUAUCAGUAA